UGACGCAAUGGUUACCGUUUAACAUGUCUAGUGUUCGGGUUUCAGAGUGAUUGUUGUUGAAGAAAUCUGCUAACAAGUUAAAAAAAGAAAAAGAAAAAACGAUCGUCCGGCAUGAGAAGGAGACCAGCCGUCAGCUCAGACUGCUGGACAUCAGCUGGAAACCCGACAUAAAGCCACACAUUACAGUCCUCCCACAUCAACAUGAAUUGUGAGGAAGAGGAGGGUGUGCAUGAUCAGCAGGUCUGUAACCAGGAGAGGAAUUCCAGUCUGGACCAAAAUGACCCAGAGCCUCCACAGAUUAAAGAGGAACAGGAGGAAGUCUGCACCGGUCAGGAGGCCGAAGGCAUCAUCGUCUGGACCGGAAAAGAGCGGCUCAGACUGCUGGAUACCAUUUGGAAACCUGAAAUAAAGCUACACAGAAUAGACCUCCACCAGCAGGAUAUUGGUAAGGAGGAAGAAGUUGUCACAGAUCAGCAGGUCUGUAACCAAGAGAGGAACUCCAAUCUGGACCAGGAGGAUCCAGAACCUCUGCAGAUUAAAGAAGAACAGGAGGAAAUCUGCAUCAGUCAUGAGGAAGAACCGCUUGUAUUGAAGGAGGAGACUGAGACCUUUAUGGCUGCUUCUACUUACGAGGAGUGUAAAUCAGAACCAAACAGUGACCAGUUCCUUUUUCACAACUCUCCUGACCCAGAGAGCCUAGAACAAGAAGAAAGCGAGCAUGUGGACUUAGCAUCAAGUAAAAAAUUAUUAAAAUGUGACACUUGUGGAAAAUUUUUUCAGUAUCAGUCCAAACUUAAUAGACAUCUGAGAGCUCACACAGGUGAGAAGCCAUAUUUUUGUGUCACAUGUGGGAAGAGAUUUAGUCAGAUGAUACACUUAAGAAAGCACAUGAGAAUUCACACAGGUGAGAAGCCUCAUCCUUGUAGCAUCUGUGGAAAUAAGUUUAAUGACAUGUCAGCAUUCAAAUCGCACAUGAGAAUUCAUACCGGUGAAAGACCAUAUUCUUGUAGCACCUGUGGGAAAAGUUUUAGCCAAAUGAUACACUUGAAAAUUCACAUGAGAGUUCACACAGGCGAAAAGCCGUAUUCUUGUGAUAUGUGUGAUAAAAGAUUCACUAAUUUGAUAAACUUGAAAACGCACAUAAGAAUUCACACGGGAGAGAAACCACAUUCUUGUAACAUCUGUGGGAAAACCUUUCGUCAGAAUUCGACGUUGCAAACUCAUCUAAGAAUCCACACAGGUGCGAAACCAUAUUCUUGUAGCACCUGUGGGAAAAGAUUUAGUCAUAUUAAAAACCUGACAACUCACUCAAGAAUUCACACAGGUGAGAAGCCAUAUACUUGUAGCACCUGUGGGAAAAAUUUCAGUCAGUUGACUCAUUUAAAAAGUCACAUGAGAAUUCAUACUACCUUACAAAAUGUGGCAGAGUAGGAGUGUGUGACUGUUAGAAUGCAUAGUGAGGAAAAUCACAGCUACACCUGAGGGGAAAAAAAGAUGACCUUAUAUUCUGGUCAGUAUGGAAUAGCUUUUAAUAAUAGUCACUCAAGUUGGCUGUGUUUUUGUUCUGAUGUAAUUGGAAGCCCAGUUUUAUAAAGGGUCUCAAAUAAGCCAGUUUUUAGAACAUUUCCUACUGAACUAUCUUCAAUAUGUAUUAACAUUUCACGGUAGAAAUUUUAAACCUGUAUAACCAGUCCUGUGAAAUUUUAGCUUCAUAUAUUAAACAAAAACAAAACAAAAAGUUAUAUGUUUUAAGUUACUUUCAAAACUUAAAUGGUUUCUAACUAAGUCGUAAAGUGAUAAUAUUCUAUUUUCAUUCAGCUUUCAAGCAUUUGAGCAAAUACGAUAAAUGUUUUAACGAAAACAAAAAUAUCCGUAAAGAGUUUAAUCUGAAUAGAACAAGUUUCUAGAUGGUUGUGUAACUACAACUCAGAAAAUAAUUUCAUUAGAUAUUUGCAUGUUUAACC